AUGAGCCUGCCGGGCGGCAUGGACGUGUCGACGGCGUUGCACCACCACGCGGCCGUGCUGGGCGCGCUGCCGCCGGCCGCCUUCUUCCUGCGCGCGUCGGAGCGCUACCAGCGCACGCCCAAGUGCGCGCGCUGCCGCAACCACGGCGUCGUGUCGGCGCUCAAGGGCCACAAGCGCUACUGCCGGUGGCGCGACUGCGUGUGCGCCAAGUGCACGCUCAUCGCCGAGCGACAGCGCGUCAUGGCGGCGCAGGUGGCGCUGCGGCGGCAGCAGGCGCAGGAGGAGAGCGAGGCUCGCGAGCUGGGGCUGCUCUACUCCACGGCCUCCGGUGCCCCCGGGGGCGGAGCCGGCUCCCAGCCGCCGCCCGCGCUGCCGCCCCCGCAGCUAAGCCUGCCGCCGGCCUUCCCCGACCAGCCGCACCCCCACCCGCUCGCGCACCACCAGCACCAGCUGCACGCCGACGCCGGCAGCGCCUCGCCGCCCCCGCACCACGGGUCUAAACGCGCCCGCAUUUCCGUGGACGACGACAGCGCGUCGGACGUGGCGGAAGAGAGAGGCGGCGGCGGGGGCAGCAGCGGCGCCGACGCCGAGGCGGACGCCGAGGAGGAGGCGUGCGACGCCGGCGCCGGGGGCGGAGGCGGCGCCGGGGGCGGCAGCAGGUCGGCCUCCGCGUCGCCCGCCCCCAGCUCGGGCAGCCCUGCUCGCUCCGCCUCCGCCAGCUCCACGCCGGAACCGCCGCUCUCAGCGUGCUGGCCGUGGGCGGCCGCCGCCGCAGCCGCAGCCGCAGGGCCCUGGCGCGCGCGCUCGCUCACGCCUCUGGCUGCCGCAGCGUGCGUGGACGCGCCCGAGAACCUGUCGCUGCCCAAGAAGUACGAGCCGGGCAGCCCGGCGCCCGCGCCGCCGCCCCCGCAGCCGCCGCCGCCCCCGCAGCCCGCCGCCGCCGCCUUCCUGCACUACUCGGCCACCGCGGGCGCGCACUACUUCUCGCCGCCACCCCCGCCGCCGCCGCAGCGCUCACCCGUCGACGUGCUCCUCCGGGCCUUCCCCGGCCGCAGACGCGUCGACGUCGAGUCACUGCUCAACAGGUGUAAGGGUGACGUGCUGACGGCCAUCGAGGUGCUGGCGUGCGGCAGCUUCGGCCACCAGCAGACGCCGCCGCCGCAGCACCAGCAGCAGCAGGCGCACCAGCUGGACGAGCCGCUGGCCAAGUCGGCCUUCUCGCCGCUGGCGCCGCCCCCGCAGCCGCGCUACAGCCCCCAGCCGCAGCCGCCGCCCCCGCAGCUGCAGCCGCCACAUCAGCAGCAGCAGCAGCAGCAGCAGACGCCGCAGCGGCGCUUCCUGGCGGCGCCGUACGCCGGCACGGGCUACCUGCCCACCGUCAUCCGACCGCCUCCCGACUACCCGCUGCCGCUGCUGGCGCCGCCCCACGACCUGUACGCCGGGCUCCCGGGGGCGGCUGCAGCUGCCGCCGCCGCAGCCGCCGCCGCGGCCGCCGACAAGGCCGCCGCCGGCUCGCCCAACUCCGCCUCCGGCUCCGACAAGACGUCCUACUCGGAGUGAGCCCGCACUGGUCGCGUCUCGAGCACUGACCAGCACUCUGUCGUCGCACAGAGUCGAGCUGCAAGCGCAGAUGAGGCUGCGAGAAAGGGGCACGCAGUGUCUCCCGAGUCACGUUUCUCUCCGGCGACGUUUCGAUGCUAAACUUCACUGACAUCAUCUGCAGGUUGUUUUCAAUACAGUCCCAGUCUUUGAGGUUAUGAACACCAUCCAGGUACCUCAAGAUACGUUAGUGAGAGGUCUGUGAAACGAAGUUCGUUUUAUGCUGUGGAGUUGAUCAAGCAGGGAAAAAAGAAACGACAAAUUUGGUAAAACAUUCUCAGUGUCUCUUCAAUAACGAGAAAUUCGUAUGCUUGAACGCCUUCAGUUCGGCUCCUUGGCUUCUGGCUCUAUGUCAUUUGAGUGCAACUUUACAUAAUGCUAAGUGCUAUUCUGUUGUCACAGAGCAAUCAGUAGUGCAAGAGCUAGGUCAAAUUGUAAAUUAUGAUGACGCAAGAGUAUGUUUCGGUAGUACUAUCGCCAAGUCCACCAUUUCGCCCUCCUGAACCAUCUCGACUGGAAAAGAUGCUGGCCAAUUGGACAGACACCAGCUCCAGCGCCGUAAGGGACUAUACAGAGUACCCAAAGGAGGCAUGAUCAAAAUGCUGCGACAUAACAGGAACGAUAAUUCGAAGCAAAAUAUGUAGUAAACAUGGGCUUUAAAAUGCACACAUUAAGAGCUACGAACACUUCUGUAUCUUCGACAUUGUUCAACUAAUUCUUUCUCUUGUGAGAUCUUUGUUUUCCAUAUUUUAAGAGGUGUUAGUAUGGAUCAAAACAAGGAAAAAAGUCCAGUAAACACGUGCUGCACAGCUCACACCUUUAAGAGCUACGUUAGAGUUUGAAAAUACCCGAUUUGCUGUGACAUUGGCUAUUUGCCCUGAUGCAGUGAAUGACGUGCUAUUGUAGCUCAUCGUUAGUGCCGAUGGAUAUUUAAAUACCACUGUUAACGAAAAAAUUAGCAACUUGGUACGAAAUUUUUCUAGAAAGGGGAUGCAAGCAAAUGUGUCUAUUUUUCUUGUGAAUCUGUUUUAGAAGGUGUGCACUAUCUAUUUUAUUUUAUUGUCAAGUUUACCAAUAAUAUCUGGGUUGUAUCCAUUCCUGCGUGAAAAUUCACAAAAAUUAAUGAGUGGUAAAACCUUUUUAUAGGUGCGUGUGUGCCUUCAGACCUAUGAGAACGUCUUCAUCUUCGCUACUAUGCAAUGUAUUUCUUCUACCGGACAAGUGCUCAUAGUUCCCAAGCUACACAUUUUAGAGCCCAUGUUAACUACUGAUAUUCCUCUUGUCUUGGUCCUAACUACCUACUCCGAAAAUAUUGAAAGCAAAGAGCUUGCAACAGAAUAGGUUUGUUUCUCAGUAUCGAAAUGAAGAAGUCCUCAUAGGCCUUAAGGCAUGUACUUCAGAGUCCAUGUUUACUAGACUUUUGUGCUUCGAAUUACCGUUCCCCUCAUACCGCUGAAUAUCGACCAUUCCCCCUGGGGCACUUUGUAGAACCACUUGAAGGAACGCCAGUAAAAGAGUAUCUAUAACAGCAAUUAACUGCUCUAAAACAAACUCAGAAAAUCAGAUAGUAUCAGUCUGAUAAAAUUUUCGGGAGAGUCUCAUUUGCAGGAACCGAGAUUCUUAGGCACAUUGUAUCACCUCAGUGCAAAUAUUCUUUUUAGGGGACUGAGGUUACACUGACACCUUCGAGAGAACUCUGAAGAUAGGGAAGACACAGGACGAAACAACGUCUGUCCUCUUUCAACAAAGGCAAGAAGUAUCAUUGGAGGAAAUCUCACGCGCUAGUAGCACCACUGCACCGCAGGCUUUUUAGAACGACGGUAUUUCAGCUAAUCUUUCCAAAGAGGUCGUGUGACACUUCGAAGCCAUUUCCUUCGUUAUGUUCGUCACUGUUGUCCAUUAAACUGCCCGGUAUUAAGUUCCAGUGGUCUCUCCUAAGGCGAACAAGAACACAAUAUCGGCAAAAUGCGAAUGUAUGAGACAAUAAUCCAAUCCACAGAUGCACCUAAUAUAAGAAAUCAUCGAAAGUUUUCAGAUGCCGUGUUAGCGCUAGUGAAGGGAGGAUGCUGAGCUGUGAAAAUGGGAAACAUCACACCCCCUCAAAGAAAUCUGAGUAGUAAAAUCAGAACUCAGCUUUUAUUAUUACUCACAGUGUUUAAAAUUUGGUUUUGUUAUAUGGGUUUCCUUCAUCCUUUAUUUGCACUGAAGGAAAACAAUUUUGCUGUGAAUGAUCUCGCUGAAAUUUUAUGAAAUUUAAUGUUUUUCUCUUAUAAUGUCCCUCCCUAUACUAGUAAAAUAUCAUCAACGAUGACGAAAUGCAUUUCAGCAGCAAUUCCUGACGGGUAACGGAAGUAUCUUGAUAAAGGAAAAAAAAGGCAAAAACAAAUAAAAAAAUUUCUUGCAAAUUACAGAAGACCCAUGUCCUUGAAAAACUCUGUAGAUACAGUUUUGUAGUUUGAUAUUAAAAUCACAGUGCUACAGAGUCAGAUACUUUCGUCGCUGGUGUACAGUCAGUGUUUAGUGGCUGAUUUCUGAACGGCAAGAUUUCAGUCAGUAUUGGUCCAUCAGUAAAACUCUUUACACAACCGUAUGAAAAAAACUAAUGGUGCUGCCAGCUCUGGGAAACCAGAAAUCUACUAGUGGUCCUGAAACACUGCUGCACUCAAGAGAAAUGAAUAAACACUGAAAAACUGAAUCUUACGCAAAAAACCUCUCUUUUUACCACGAAAGCCACUUAACCCUCUU